AUGAGGUACCACGUCGCCACCAGCUGCCAUGUGGCCUGGCUUUUUGUGCUGAUCUCUGGAUGCUGGGGCCAGGUGAACCGGCUGCCUUUCUUCACCAACCACUUCUUUGACACGUACCUGCUGAUCAGCGAGGACACGCCUGUGGGUUCCUCUGUGACCCAGUUGCUGGCCCGAGACAUGGACAAUGACCCCCUUGUGUUUGGUGUGUCUGGGGAGGAGGCCUCCCGCUUCUUUGCAGUGGAGCCUGACACUGGCGUGGUGUGGCUCCGGCAGCCACUGGACAGAGAGACUAAGUCAGAGUUCACAGUGGAGUUCUCCGUCAGUGACCACCAAGGGGUGAUCACUCGAAAGGUGAACAUCCAGGUUGGGGAUGUGAAUGACAAUGCACCCAUAUUUCACAAUCAGCCCUACAGCGUCCGCAUCCCCGAGAACACACCAGUGGGGACGCCCAUCUUCAUCGUGAAUGCCACGGACCCUGACCUGGGUGCAGGCGGCAGCGUCCUCUACUCCUUCCAACCCCCUUCCCAGUUCUUCGCCAUUGACAGUGCCCGUGGCAUCGUCACAGUGAUCCGGGAGCUGGACUAUGAGACCACACAGGCAUACCAGCUCACCGUCAAUGCCACGGAUCAAGACAAGACCAGGCCUCUGUCCACACUGGCCAACUUGGCCAUCAUCAUCACAGAUGUCCAGGACAUGGACCCCAUCUUCAUCAACCUACCUUACAGCACCAACAUCUAUGAGCAUUCUCCUCCGGGCACAACGGUGCGCAUUAUCACUGCCAUCGACCAGGAUAAAGGACGUCCCCGGGGGAUUGGCUACACCAUUGUUUCAGGGAAUACCAACAGUAUCUUUGCUCUGGACUACAUCAGUGGAGCGCUGACCUUGAAUGGCCUGCUGGACCGGGAGAACCCCCUGUACAGCCAUGGCUUCAUCCUGACGGUGAAGGGCACGGAGCUGAAUGAUGACCGCACCCCGUCUGACGCCACGGUAACCACAACCUUCAAUAUCCUGGUUAUUGACAUCAAUGACAAUGCCCCAGAGUUCAACAGCUCCGAGUACAGCGUUGCCAUCACUGAGCUGGCGCAGGUUGGCUUUGCCCUCCCCCUCUUCAUCCAGGUGGUGGACAAGGAUGAGAACUUGGGCCUGAACAGCAUGUUCGAGGUGUACCUGGUGGGGAACAACUCCCACCACUUCAUCAUCUCCCCCACCUCCGUCCAAGGGAAAGCGGACAUUCGCAUCCGUGUGGCCAUCCCCCUGGACUAUGAGACCGUGGACCGCUACGACUUCGACCUCUUUGCCAAUGAGAGUGUGCCCGACCAUGUGGGCUAUGCCAAAGUGAAGAUCACUCUCAUCAACGAGAAUGACAACAGGCCCAUCUUCAGCCAGCCACUGUACAACGUCAGCCUGUACGAGAACGUCACUGUGGGGACCUCUGUGCUGACAGUCCUGGCAACAGACAAUGAUGUGGGCACCUUCGGGGAGGUCAACUACUUCUUCAGUGAUGACCCUGACAGAUUCUCCCUGGACAAGGACACAGGGCUUAUCAUGCUGAUUUCCAAACUGGACUAUGAGCUCAUCCAGCGCUUCACCUUAACAGUCAUUGCACGGGACGGGGGCGGUGAGGAGACCACAGGCCGGGUCAGGAUCAAUGUGUUAGAUGUAAACGACAACGUGCCCACCUUCCAGAAGGAUGCCUAUGUGGGUGCCCUGAGAGAGAACGAGCCUUCAGUCACGCAGCUGGUGCGGCUCCGGGCGACAGACGAAGACUCUCCUCCCAACAACCAGAUCACCUACAGCAUCGUCAGUGCCUCUGCCUUUGGAAGCUUCUUCGACAUCAGCGUGUACGAGGGUUAUGGAGUGAUCAGUGUGAGCCGCCCCCUGGAUUACGAACAGAUUUCCAAUGGGCUGAUUUAUCUGACGGUCAUGGCCAAGGACGCUGGCAACCCCCCUCUCAAUAGCACUGUCCCCAUCACCAUCGAGGUGUUUGAUGAGAACGACAACCCUCCCACCUUCAGCAAGCCUGCCUACUUCGUCUCUGCGGUGGAGAACAUCAUGGCAGGAGCCACAGUGCUGUUCCUGAAUGCCACGGACCUGGACCGCUCCCGGGAGUACGGCCAGGAGUCCAUCAUCUACUCCUUGGAGGGCUCCUUGCAGUUUCGGAUCAAUGCCCGUUCAGGUGAGAUCACCACCACGUCUCUGCUUGACCGAGAGACCAAGUCUGAAUAUAUCCUCAUCGUACGUGCGGUGGACGGGGGUGUGGGCCACAACCAGAAAACUGGCAUCGCCACUGUAAACAUCACUCUCCUGGACAUCAACGACAACCACCCCACCUGGAAGGAUGCUCCCUACUACAUCAACCUGGUGGAGAUGACGCCUCCAGACUCUGACGUGACCACGGUGGUGGCAGUGGACCCAGACCUGGGGGAGAAUGGCACCCUGGUGUACAGCAUCCAGCCGCCCAACAAGUUCUACAGCCUCAACAGCACCACGGGCAAGAUCCGCACCACCCACGUCAUGCUGGACCGUGAGAACCCCGACCCCCAUGAGGCGGAGCAGAUGCGCAAGAUCAUCGUCUCCGUCACUGACUGCGGCAGACCCCCUCUGAGGGCCACCAGUAGUGCCACAGUGUUUGUGAACCUCUUGGACCUCAAUGACAACGACCCCACUUUUCAGAACCUACCUUUCGUGGCUGAGGUACUAGAAGGCACCCCAGCAGGGGUCUCCAUCUACCAAGUGGUGGCCAUAGACCUGGAUGAGGGCCUGAAUGGUCUGGUGUCCUACCGCAUGCAGGUGGGCAUGCCCCGCAUGGACUUCCUCAUCAACAGCAGCAGCGGCGUGGUGGUCACCACAACCGAGCUGGACCGCGAGCGCAUUGCCGAGUACCAGCUGCGGGUGGUGGCCAGCGAUGCGGGCACGCCCACCAAGAGCUCCACCAGCACACUCACCAUUCGUGUGCUGGAUGUGAACGACGAGACGCCCACCUUCUUCCCAGCCGUGUACAACGUGUCCGUGUCCGAGGACGUGCCGCGGGAAUUCCGGGUGGUCAGGCUGAACUGCACGGACAACGACGUGGGCCUCAACGCUGAGCUCAGCUACUUUAUCACAGGUGGCAAUGUGGAUGGGAAGUUCAGCGUGGGCUACCGCGAUGCCAUUGUGAGAACGGUGGUGAACCUGGACCGGGAGACCACAGCUGCAUACACGCUCAUCUUGGAGGCCAUUGACAAUGGUCCUGUUGGGAAGCGGCGCACAGGCACAGCCACCGUGUUUGUCACUGUCCUGGAUGUGAACGACAACCGGCCGAUCUUUCUUCAGAGCAGCUAUGAGGCCAAUGUCCCCGAGAACAUCCCUGAAGGCCACAGCAUCGUGCAGCUGAAAGCCACAGAUGCAGAUGAGGGCGAGUUUGGGCGUGUGUGGUACCGCAUCCUCCACGGCAACCAUGGCAACAGUUUCCGGAUCCAUGUCAGCAACGGUCUCCUGAUGCGAGGACCCCGGCCCCUGGACAGGGAGCGGAACUCGUCCCAUGUGCUGAUAGUGGAGGCCUACAACCAUGACCUGGGCCCCAUGAGGAGCUCUGUCAGGGUGAUAGUGUACGUGGAGGACGUGAACGACGAGGCCCCCGUGUUCACGCAGCAGCAGUACAGCCGCCUGGGACUUCGCGAGACCGCAGGCAUCGGCACUUCGGUCAUCGUUGUCCGAGCCACAGACCGAGACACUGGAGAUGGUGGCCUGGUGAACUACCGCAUCCUGUCGGGCGCAGAAGGGAAGUUCGAGAUUGAUGAGAGCACAGGCCUGGUCAUCACUGUGGAUUACCUAGACUACGAGACCAAGACCAGCUACCUGAUGAACGUUUCCGCCACUGACCAGGCCCCUCCCUUCAACCAGGGCUUCUGCAGCGUCUACGUCACUCUGCUCAACGAGCUGGACGAGGCCGUGCAGUUCUCCAACGCCUCCUAUGAGGCUGCCAUCUUGGAGAACCUGGCACUGGGCACCGAGAUUGUGCGGGUCCAGGCCUACUCCAUCGACAACAUCAACCAGAUCACCUACCGCUUCGACGCCUACACCAGUGCCCAGGCCAAAGCCCUCUUCAAGAUCGAUGCCAUCACGGGUGUGAUCACAGUCAAGGGCCUGGUGGACCGGGAGAAGGGUGACUUCUACACUUUGACAGUGGUGGCAGAUGAUGGCGGCCCCAAGGUGGACUCCACUGUGAAGGUCUACAUCACUGUGCUGGACGAGAAUGACAACAGCCCCCGGUUUGACUUCACCUCUGACUCGGUGGUCAGCGUGCCCGAGGAUUGCCCUGUGGGCCAGCGAGUGGCCACCGUCAAGGCCCGGGACCCUGACGCUGGCAGCAACGGGCAGGUGGUCUUCUCCCUGGCCUCGGGAAAUGUCGCUGGGGCCUUUGAGAUCGUCACCACCAAUGACUCCAUUGGUGAAGUGUUUGUGGUCAAGCCCCUGGACAGAGAAGAGCUGGAUCACUACAUCCUCAAGGUGGUGGCUUCUGACCGUGGCACCCCUCCACAGAAAAAGAACCACAUCCUGCAGGUGACCAUCCUGGACGUGAAUGACAACCCUCCAGUGAUCGAGAGCCCCUUUGGUUACAAUGUCAGUGUGAAUGAGAACGUUGGCGGGGGUACUGCUGUGGUCCAGGUGAGAGCCACCGACCGUGACAUUGGCAUCAACAGCAUCCUGUCCUACUACACCACCGAGGGCAACGAGGACAUGACCUUCCGCAUGGACCGCAUCAGCGGCGAGAUUGCCACACGGCCCGCCCCACCCGACCGCGAGCACCAGAGCUUCUACCACCUGGUGGUCACUGUGGAGGACGAGGGCACUCCCACCUUGUCGGCCACCACCCACGUGUACGUGACCAUCGUGGACGAGAAUGAUAAUGCACCUGUGUUCCAGCAACCCCAUUACGAAGUGUUGCUGGAUGAGGGUCCGGACACAAUCAACGCCAGCCUCAUCACCAUCCAUGCACUAGACCUGGACGAGGGGCCCAACGGCACAGUUACCUACGACAUUGUCGCAGGCAACAUCAUCAACAGCUUCCGGAUUGACAGACACACGGGUGUCAUCAGUGCCACCAAGGAGCUGGACUAUGAGAUCAGCCAUGGCCGCUACACCCUGAUCGUCACUGCCAUGGACCAGUGCCCUAUCUUGUCCCAUCGCCUCACCUCUACCACCACGGUGCUUGUGAACGUGAAUGACAUCAAUGACAACAUGCCCACCUUCCCCCGGUAUUAUGAGGGACCAUUUGACGUCACUGAGGGCCAGCCAGGGCCCAGAGUGUGGACCUUCCUGGCCCAUGACCAGGACUCGGGCCCCAAUGGGCAGGUGGAGUACAGCAUCGUGGAUGGAGACCCUCUGGGGGAGUUUUUGAUCUCUCCCGUGGAGGGGGUGCUGCGGGUCCGGAAGGAUGUGGAGCUGGACCGGGAGACCAUUGCCUUCUACAACCUGACCAUCUGUGCCCGCGACAGAGGGGUGCCUCCUCUCAGCUCCACAAUGCUGGUGGGGAUCCGGGUGCUGGACAUCAACGACAAUGACCCCGUGCUGCUCAACCUGCCCAUGAACGUCACCAUCAGUGAGAACAGCCCCAUCUCCAGCUUCGUCGCCCACGUUCUGGCCAGCGAUGCUGACAGCGGCUGCAAUGCGCUCCUCACCUUCAACAUCACUGCAGGCAACCGGGAGCGGGCCUUCGCCAUCAAUGCCACGACAGGGAUCGUCACCGUGAACCAGCCCCUGGACCGUGAGCGGAUCCCAGAGUACAAGCUGACCAUCUCUGUGAAGGACAACCCAGAGAACCCACGCAUAGCCAGGAGGGAUUUUGACUUGCUGCUGAUCUUUCUUGUGGAUGAGAAUGACAACCACCCCCUCUUUACCGAGAGCACCUACCAGGCAGAGGUGAUGGAAAACUCUCCCGCUGGGACCCCCCUCACAGUGCUCAAUGGACCUAUCCUGGCCCUGGAUGCUGACGAGGACAUCUAUGCUGUGGUGACCUACCAGCUGCUGGGCGCCCAGAGAGGCCUCUUUGACAUCGACAACAACACAGGCGUGGUGACUGUGAGGUCAGGUGUCAUCAUUGAUCGGGAGGCCUUCUCAUCCCCUGUCCUGGAGCUGCUGCUGCUGGCUGAGGACAUCGGGCUGCUCAAUGGCACAGCCCACCUGCUCGUCACCAUCCUGGACGACAAUGACAAUCGACCCACCUUUAGCCCUGCCGCCCUCACUGUCCACCUGCUGGAGAACUGCCCACCAGGAUUCUCAGUCCUUCAAGUCACAGCCACAGAUAAGGACAGUGGCCUCAAUGGGGAGCUGGUCUACCGAAUAGAAGGUGGGGCUCAGGACCGCUUCCUUAUCCAUCCAGUCACUGGGGUCAUCCGUGUGGGCAAUGCCACCAUUGACAGGGAGGAGCAGGAAUCCUACAGGCUGACAGUGGUGGCCACUGACCGGGGCACCAUCCCUCUCUCGGGCACGGCCAUCAUCACCAUCCUGAUUGAUGACAUCAAUGACUCCCGCCCCGAGUUCCUCAACCCCAUCCAAACGGUGAGCGUGCUGGAGUCAGCCAAGCCAGGCACUGUCAUUGCCAACAUCACUGCCAUUGACCGCGACCUCAACCCAAAGCUGGAGUAUCACAUUAUUGGCAUCAUGGCCAAGGAUGACACUGACCACCUGGUGCCCAACCAGGAGGAUGCCUUUGCCGUGAAUAUCAACACAGGGUCUGUAAUGGUGAAGUCCCCCCUGAACCGGGAGCUCGUUGCCACCUAUGAGGUCACUCUCUCAGUGAUUGACAACGCCAGCGACCUACCAGAGCGCUCCGUCAGUGUGCCAAAUGCCAAGCUCACAGUCAACAUCCUGGACGUCAAUGACAAUACGCCCCAGUUCAAGCCCUUUGGGAUCACCUACUAUACAGAGCGGAUCCUGGAGGGGGCCACCCCAGGUACCACGCUCAUCGCUGUGGCAGCCGCGGACCCCGACAAGGGCCUCAAUGGGCUGGUCACCUACACCCUGCUGGACCUGAUGCCCCCGGGCUAUGUCCAGCUGGAAGACUCCUUGGCGGGGAAGGUCAUUGCCAACCGGACGGUGGACUAUGAGGAGGUGCAUUGGCUCAACUUCACUGUGAGGGCCUCAGACAAUGGGUCCCCGCCCCGGGCCGCUGAGAUCCCUGUCUACUUGGAGAUUGUGGACAUCAAUGACAACAACCCCAUCUUUGACCAGCCCUCCUACCAGGAGGCCGUCUUUGAGGAUGUGCCCGUGGGCACAGUCAUCCUGACAGUCACUGCUACUGAUGCUGACUCAGGCGACUUUGCUGUCAUCGAGUAUAGCCUUGGGGAUGGAGAGGGCAAGUUUGCCGUCAACCCCACUACGGGUGACAUCUAUGUGCUGUCCUCUCUGGACCGGGAGAAGAAGGACCACUAUAUCCUGACUGCCUUGGCCAAAGACAACCCCGGGGAUGUAGCCAGCAAUCGUCGAGAAAAUUCGGUGCAGGUGGUGAUCCAAGUGCUGGAUGUCAAUGACUGCCGGCCACAGUUCUCCAAGCCUCAGUUCAGCACAAGCGUGUACGAGAAUGAACCAGCGGGCACCUCGGUCAUCACCAUGAUGGCCACUGACCAGGACGAAGGCUUCAAUGGGGAGCUGACCUACUCACUGGAGGGCCCUGGCGUGGAGGCCUUCCACGUAGACAUGGACUCAGGCCUGGUGACCACACAGCGGCCACUGCAGUCCUACGAGAGGUUCAACCUGACCGUGGUGGCCACAGAUGGUGGGCAGCCCCCACUCUGGGGCACCACCAUGCUCCUGGUGGAGGUCAUCGACGUCAAUGACAACCGCCCUGUCUUUGUGCGCCCACCCAAUGGCACCAUCCUGCACAUCAGAGAGGAGAUCCCGCUGCGCUCCAACGUGUACGAGGUCUAUGCCACAGACAAGGACGAGGGCCUCAACGGGGCGGUGCGCUACAGCUUCUUGAAGUCGACGGGCAACCGGGACUGGGAGUACUUCACCAUCGACCCGAUCAGCGGCCUCAUCCAGACCGCGCAGCGCCUGGACCGGGAGAAGCAGGCGGUGUACAGCCUCAUCUUGGUGGCCAGCGACCUGGGCCAGCCGGUGCCAUACGAGACCAUGCAGCCGCUGCAGGUGGCCCUGGAGGACAUUGACGACAACGAACCCCUCUUCCUGAGGCCUCCAAAAGGCAGCCCCCAGUACCAGCUGCUGACAGUGCCUGAGCAUUCGCCACGUGGCACCCUCGUGGGCAACGUGACAGGCGCUGUGGAUGCAGACGAGGGCUCCAAUGCUAUCGUCUACUACUUCAUCGCAGCCGGCAACGAAGACAAGAACUUCUAUCUGCAGCCCGAUGGGUGUCUGCUGGUGCUGCGGGACCUGGACCGGGAGCAAGAAGCUGUCUUCUCCUUCAUUGUCAAGGCCUCCAGCAAUCGCAGCUGGAUACCUCCCCGUGGACCCACGCCAGCCCUUGACCUGGCUGCCGACUUCACUCUGCAGGAGGUGCGCGUUGUGUUAGAGGACAUCAACGACCAGCCACCACGCUUCACCAAGGCCGAGUACACUGCAGGGGUGGCCACCGACGCCAAGGUAGGCUCGGAAUUGAUCCAGGUGCUCGCCCUUGAUGCAGACAUUGGUAACAACAGCCUCGUCUUCUACAGCAUUCUGGCCAUCCACUACUUCCAGGCCCUUGCCAACGACUCUGAGGACGUGGGCCAGGUCUUCACCAUGGGAAGUGUGGACGGCAUCCUGCGCACCUUUGACCUCUUCAUGGCCUACAGCCCUGGCUACUUCGUGGUGGACAUUGUGGCCCGAGACCUCGCAGGCCACAAUGACACGGCCAUCAUCGGCAUCUACAUCCUGAGGGAUGACCAGCGUGUCAAGAUUGUCAUCAAUGAGAUCCCUGACCGUGUGCGUGGCUUCGAGGAGGAGUUCAUCCGCCUGCUCUCCAACAUCACUGGUGCCAUUGUCAACACUGAUGACGUGCAGUUCCAUGUGGACAAGAAGGGUCGGGUGAACUUCGCACAGACGGAGCUGCUCAUCCACGUGGUGAACCGCGAUACCAACCGCAUCCUGGACGUGGACCGAGUGAUCCAGAUGAUCGAUGAGAAUAAGGAACAGCUGCGGAAUCUUUUCCGGAACUACAAUGUCCUGGACGUGCAGCCGGCCAUCUCUGUCCGGCUUCCCGAUGACAUGUCUGCCCUGCAGAUGGCGACCAUUGUCCUGGCCAUACUCCUCUUCCUGGCGGCCACUCUCUUCAUCCUCAUGAACUGCUACUACAGGACUGUACACAAGAGGAAGCUCAAGGCCAUUGUGGCUGGCUCGGCAGGGAAUCGCGGCUUCAUCGACAUCAUGGACGUGCCCAACACCAACAAGUACUCCUUUGACGGAGCCAACCCAGUGUGGCUGGAUCCCUUCUGCCGGAACCUGGAGCUGGCAGCCCAGGCCGAUCACGAGGAUGACCUGCCGGAGAACCUGAGUGAGAUUGCAGACCUGUGGAACAGCCCCACUCGCACCCACGGAACUUUUGGGCGUGAGCCAGCAGCAGUCAAACCUGACGAUGACCGGUACCUGCGGGCAGCCAUUCAGGAGUACGAUAACAUUGCCAAGCUGGGCCAGAUUAUUCGGGAGGGGCCCAUCAAGGGCUCGCUGCUGAAGGUGGUCCUGGAGGAUUACCUGCGGCUCAAAAAGCUCUUUGCACAGCGGAUGGUGCAAAAAGCCUCCUCCUGCCAGUCCUCCAUCUCCGAGCUGAUCCAGACUGAGCUGGAGGAGGAGCCAGGGGACCACAGCCCAGGCCAGGGCAGCCUGCGUUUCUGCCACAAGCCACCAGUGGAGCUCAAGGGGCCCGGCGGAAUCCACGCGGUACAUGGCAGCACAGGCACACUGCUGGCCACUGACCUCAACAGCCUGCCCGAGGAUGACCAGAAGGGUCUGGGCCGUUCACUGGAGACGCUGACCGCUGCGGAGGCCACAGCCCUGGAGCGCAAUGCCCGCACAGAGUCCGCCAAAUCCACUCCCCUGCACAAGCUCCGCGACGUGAUCAUGGAGAGCCCCCUGGAGAUUACAGAGCUAUGA